GGUUGCAGGGGGCCGUUGUCGGCGGACAUGAUGCUCAGCUGGGAGACGGUUGCCGUGGGGAUGACCCUGAGCCUGCUGGUGUUUCCUCUCCAGUGUGGUCUCUGUUGGCUGUUCCGGAAGAUACGCGGCCAGGUAACACUCGACCUGUGUGCUCCUUCGUCUCCGGUCUGUCACUCAGUGGAGAUGGACGUCUUCCUCGGCCAAUCAGCUCUCUCCGGCCCAUCCUUCCUGUCUCUGCCGGACACCUCCCACACCCCCAGACGAGACAGCAGUCCGUCAUCUCUCUUAGGCAGUAAAGCGUUCGACUCGGGCAUCCUGGCGUUCUGGGAGGCGGCGGGCCUCACCCAGGCAGCGCACGGGGGGGGUGGGGGGCGCGGUGACGGGGGCCCCCCCCACGCAGGGGCCCUGGGGGGCUGGCCCUCCUGCGACAGCCUCGCCAAGCUCACCCUCUCCGGCUCCCCCUUGGACACGACCUUCGACCCCUCCCCCGCGACCUUGACCUCCGAGCCCCUCGGCCCGUCUCCGUCCUGCGGGGGCCCGACGCGGCCGCUGAGGAGGAAGAAGGGCCUGACGCUGCCCCGCCUGGCGCCGGCCGGCCCCACCAACGCCACCGCCACGCUCGGGCUGGGCCCCUUCCCCGUCGGCCCUCUGUCCCCUGCCGGGCGACCGCGCCCCAAAGCGCUGGCCCAGUACCCCUCCCUCACCAACAGCUUCCUGACGCAGUCUGAGGAGAACCUCCUCAGAUCCAUCCACACCGAGGACCCGGAGGACAUGAAGAUCACCUCCUCCACCUCCACCUCCACCUCCGACAGCGGCCGCUACUCCCCACGCGGAUCCUCCUCCUCCUCCUCCUCCUCCUCCUCCUCCUUCACAAACACCCAGAGCAACUCCUGCAGCUCCUGGUCCGACGGCUGGGGGUCAGAGGUCAAAGGUCAGGGGGGGCCCUGGACCCCCGCCUCCCGGUACCGCCCCCCCUCCGCCCAGUCCAUGGACUCUGUGGCCAGCACCUCCUUCCCCAGCCCCUCCCCCGAUCACCCCCGCUCCCCGUCGGCCACGCGCAUAGGCGUGGCCCGGGGUCCGGCCGGCUGGCUGCUCCCCGGCUGGGCUCUGCGGGGGGUCUACCCCCUGGUGGCGGCGGUGCUGGCGGUCUGCCUGGGCUGCGUGGCGCUCUACGGCCGCGCCUUCCCCCGCGCCGUGCUGCUCCUGUGGCUGGCGUCCGUCCUGACGGCCUUCCUGAGCUCCGCCCUGCUGCUGGAGCCGCUCAAGGUGUGCGUCCAGGCCCUGCUCUACACCGUGCUGUGGCAGCCCGUGGACCCGGAGGUGGAGGAGCUGCUGUCCCGGGAGGCCGUGGUCCGGAGGCCCGAGGUGGAGCCUGGGGCCACAGUACGCCCGCCGUGGGGAUACGGCCUCCUGCAGGCCAGGCAGGAGGCGCAGAAGGCCCUGGCGCUGCGCUCCCUCAUGAAGCACUGUGUGGGUCAGCUGUUGUUCCUGCUACUGGUUCUACUGGUGAACUACCAGAGCAGCCCCGAGGAGGGACUGGGCCGGAUGCUGCGGGCCAGCACCCAGCGGGCCCUGAACACAGCACCCACGGGUGGCCCCAACCUCACCUCACUCACAUGGUUCAGGCUGCUCUCGGUGGACUUCACGCUGGCCCACCCGGAGACGGGCCUGCUGGUGUGUGUGAGCCUGCAGCUCAGGUGGUCUCCUCCUCAGAGGGUCGCCCCCUCCCUGACCGUCCACCCCCUCCUCGUCCCCCCGGACCCCGGCCCCCACCUGCAGCUGGCCCUGACGGUCCUCCUCCUCACCUCGGCCCUCCUCCUGCUGGCCGGGGAGAUGCACGCCAUGGCUACUGAGCGCGCUCAGUACAUCCGGCAGGGCGGCCAUUGGCUCCAGCUCUGCCUGGCCUCGUUGUCCAUAGCAACAGCGAUACUGCAGCUGCAAUGCCAAUCUCGUGCCUCCGGCUGUGUCCAGCAGCUCCGGUCGGCGGCUGACACCUUCGUGGACUUCCACAGUGUUGCUCUUCUGGCUGCCCGAGCGUCCCAGCUGGCUGCUGUCCUCCUCACUCUGGUGCUUCUGAAGCUGCUGGGGGCCGUGGUGGCGGGGUGCCGGUGGGUGCUGCUCCCCAGGGUGCUGGCGUCGGCGUGGAGGGAGCUGGGAGCUGCGGGCCUCCUGCUGCUGCUCCUCCUGACGCUGGGGGCGCACGGCGGCCUCGUGGUCUUCUCCUCCUCCACGGAGGGCUUCAGCUCCCUGCGUGCGGCAAGGGUCUCCGCCGUGGCCCUCCUGCGGGGCCGGCUGGUCCUCCGCCGGCUGAGCAUGGCCCACCCGGUCCUGGGGCCCAUCUACACCCUCCUGCUGACUGGGGACGGCCUCUGGCUGCUGGCCCGGCUGAGUGGAGCUCUGCUGAUCCACAGCUACAGGACAGUGAAGGCGACGCAGCGUCCCGUACCCCAGGACCCCGACAUGCUGGGUCCACUCCCGGCUCUCCUCCAGGGUCGACUCCUCCCCCUCCACCCUAUCGGUGCGCUCCGAGGACUCGUGGGCGUCGCCGGGCCCCGGCCCCGCCCCCGCCCCGGGGGCCCGCCUCCUGCCCGGCUUGGACGCCCUGCUGGCCACGUUCGAGCGGGUGAACCGCAUCACGGAGGAGGUGCACGGCCUGGAGCUCAGCCUGGAGGAGGCGCAGGGCCGGGCCAGGGAGAGGAGGAGGAGCAGGGAGGGGAGGAAGAGGAGGAGGAGGAGGAGGAGGAGGUGGUGGAGGAAGGAGGUGAUGGAGGCGGAACUGAGGAGACGGCAUCGGGGGAGCCGCGUGAAGGAGCAGGAGGCGGAGCCACCAGAUGCAGGAGGGCGAGCGUGCUGAACCCCCGCCGGCCCAGGGCCUCGCUGCCGACCUGCGCCUCCUUCGACUCCUCCCCCCCUCCGGGCGUCGCCCCUCCCCCGCCUGCGGAGCUCCGCCUCCGAGUCGCGCUCGGCCGGGCCUCCGCUGUCUCGCCUCCCCGCCGACGCUCCCCCCUCUGGGCCCUACAUCCAGGAGGGGGGGUACAUCCAGGGCCCAGGGGCCUACCUGGGGGCCUCCCUCCAGGGCCCUCCACCCGGCGUGGAUUCCCUCCCCAGGAGGAGGGCCUGGCACUCGGGGAGCUCACAGUGGUCCAACACGGCCCUCGGGGCCCCUGGGGGCCCGGACGGGACCGGGGUGUCUGGCCCCUGGUGCGGAGGCGGCCCCCAGGCGCCCGGCCGACCCAGGAGCGAGGAGACCUCCAGGGGGUCGGCCGGCGACGGAGCCCCCGUCAAGAGGAAGGCCUGGAGCUCCGACGGAGCAGAGAGCCAAUAGACAGACAGGAGGGAGAGCCAAUGAGAAACGACCUCGUUGGUGUUACUAACGGGAGAACGCUGUAUUAUAAAUAGAAUUAGAAGUCUAGUUGACGAGGUUUCGGCUGAUGUCUACCACUUUGGUUCUAUAAAGUUUUGUUCCAACCGAUGUUGUAGAGCUACUUGGUGUAAUACUUGUGAACGCAUACAUAUUUGUUUUGUAAAAGAGAUAUAUAUUAGUAUAAAAUAAAGAUAAGUGACCUCA